GACGGGGGGGUGGGGGUUGUUGCCAUGACUAUAUAUGACCCUGGGGCUCAGAAGCCUUGGAAUUUGAUUGUGGGAGGAGUUUAGAGAAGUUCUGGAAUAUUGUGAGCAGGGAUUGAUGUAUGAUGCUGGUCAGAGCUCAGAAGACCGGGACGCUCACAGAAAUGAAGGACAAUGAAGACCAGGAUCUCCUACGACCCCGCGCGCUUCCCGCGGUACCUGCCCGAGGCCUACUGCCUGUGCCGCGGCUGCCUGACCGGGCCCGGGGGCGCCGAGGACCUCCGCUUCCGCAGCGCGCCGGUGUUCUCGCCCGCCGUGGUCCGUCGCGGGAGGGCCGCGGGGAGGGAGGCGGGCGGCGGGCGGCGCGGGCAUUUCAGAUUCCUGCUUUGUAAAACUGGUGCAAAAAACGCAGACACUCCCUACCUACAUUGUGUUUUGUUUUGGUUUUGGUUUUCUUCCGGUACCAGGAUUCGAACUCCCGACCUUGCGCGUGCCAGGCAGGCGCUGUGCCGCUGAGCUACAUCCCCAGCCCCUCCUAUCUACGUUGUAAUUCAACUGUUUUGCAUAGAGGCAGAAACUAUUUUUAUAUUAGCAAUUUAGAGCAAAUAUAUUUUUAAAAAAUGUACUACAUGUAUCAGCGAUUAGAAACAUUCCGUGUUCCUCCGAGUACUUUCUGGACGCCCCGCGGGAACUCGCAGCCGAACCCCGCAGCGGGCCCUGCGGGCUGGGCCUCCGAGCGGUCAGUCGCUGCGGGCUGCCCGCGACUCCGCCCGCGAGCGCGCCCACAGGAGCCAGCGGGCGGCCAGGAGGGUCCGGGGCUCCUGGCAACCCGGAGACCGAGCCCACGCACGAGGACUGCAGCAUCUCAGAUGUGAGGCAGUUUAAAUCGUGAGUGUGUGCUUUCACUUUUGAAAGCCACUCGGGCCGAUCUGUGGACCAGAGGUGGAAUGUAACAUCAUGGCCAACUGUCGGGGAAUCCAAGCAAGUAUUGGCGUAGUUUUAGGGGCCUUCAGAUCAGACCACGGUCAAAUCAGCAUAUCCAGAGGCACUGAGGCAUUCUAUACACUACACUUCGUGCUAAAUCCUCUCCUCUUUAGGUUGAAAGUCUGUCCCUGAACAUAAGUAUUUGUAAAAGACGCUAUUUUUACAUCAUUAAAAGAAUUGUAGAUGAAA